AUGGAGAAUCAGCUUGUUCAGGAGAAGCAGAAACUUCACGCCAUGCAGCUUCACCUUCAGCUGUUUGAAUGCGUCUCGACACGUACCGGAGCUGCUACAGGCUGGUGUAGGCCGCUGGCACUAAAUGGCAGGACAGAGAGAGCUAGUGUAGCGCCGGUACGACAGGAACCCUGGCACACACCCCCACCACACCUGCUGCCAGAUUUUGUUAGCAGUGUUGAAUACUACAAAUAUGCAAACUUGCGGCCUCCAUAUACAUACGCUUUCUUAAUCAGAUGGUCAAUUCUGGAAGCUCCAGACAAACAGCGGACGCUAAACGAAAUUUACAACUGGUUCACAAGAAUGUUCUUCUAUUUCCGUCAUAAUUCUCCUACAUGGAAGAACGCUGUGCGACACAAUCUUAGUCUCCACAAAUGCUUUGUUCGGGUGGACGGGAGGACAGGGGCGGUGUGGACGGUGGACGAGGAAGAGUUUCAGAAGAGAAAAGGGCAGAAAAUCCACAGGGACUACACUUUCAAAUGGAUGACACCCUUCUCCCAUUGUCCAUCCCAUGAAGCCUCAGAUUUAUCAAUCAAAGCCACAAAUUUUCAGUAACCCAUUUUCCAAGUGUUUAGUGAAGUAUGCAGAAAAUUGAUCUUC